AUGCAGGCUCUCUGCCUAGGCGAAGGGUCUCACCUUGCGCCGCCGCCACUGGAUCGAAAUCCAGAUGUAUUCGACGUUGUCGAAAUCACCGAUACUCAACCACAACGUAAAUCAGAUGGCACCUUCAAUUACUCACCUGACAUUUAUUGCGACAAAUAUGAUGAGAACACCGGCAUUUGCCCCGACGGUGACGAAUGUGUGUACCUGCAUCGAGUUUCUGGUGAUGUUGAACGAAAAUACCAUUUGCGUUACUACAAGACCGCUCAAUGUGUACAUCCAACGGACCCACGUGGGCAAUGUGUUAAGUUCGAUCAACACGAGGCAGGUUUCUCGACGACCGUUGAUGGUGACGGGCGUGACCGGACCAGCUUCGUGAUCGAGGAUCCGCUAUGGCACAGUCAAGACCAUGUGCUGUCAUGCUACAAAACAGAACAGUGCCGUAAACCAGCUCGACUUUGUCGGCAAGGCUACGCCUGCCCGUUCUACCACAACUCAAAAGACCGAAGACGACCUCCUGCCAUAUGCAAAUAUAGGUCUACUCCUUGCCCUGCUGCGAAAACCGUUGACGAAUGGCUGGAUCCGGAACUCUGUGAGGCAGGAGACUCCUGUCAGUAUUGCCAUACUCGAACCGAACAGCAGUUUCAUCCAGAAAUUUACAAGAGCACAAAAUGCAAUGACAUGCUUGAGGUGGGAACAUCUUUUCAAUGGAGACAACAUCGGAAGUAA